GCUGGGCAGGCGUGGAGCGGCGGGAGAGGCAGCGUGGGGAAGGUUGGAGGUGGAGGGGCUCGUAGUGGUGCCCGGGCUGUGCUUGUGUGGGGAAGGUUGGAGCCAGUUUCAGAGAAGCUGCUGAAGUCACUCACCCACCAUGGUGGUUUUCACCUGCAACGCGUGCGGGGAAUCGGUGAAGAAAGCACAGGUUGAAAAACAUGUGAACAUCUGCAGGAACUGCCAGUGCCUUUCUUGCAUGGAUUGUGGCAAGGAUUUCUGGGGUGAAGAUUACAAGGAACAUGUGAAGUGUGUAAGUGAGGACCAGAAGUAUGGGGGAAAAGAUUUUGAAGCCAAAACCACCAAAGGAGAUGCUAAACAACAGGAGUGGAUUCAGAAAAUUCAUGAAGUGAUGAAGAAGCCAAACAUCAGCCCUAAAGUGCAGAACAUUCUGGAGCAAAUGCGUGUCUUUGAUAACAUUCCCAGAAAAAAAGUAAAGUUUCAGAACUGGAUGAAGAACAGUUUGAGAAUUACUGACAGCACCUUGCAAGACCAGGUGUGGGAUAUUUUCUCUGAAGCAACCAGAAAUGUUUCAAGUGAAAAAGAACAAAGCAAACCUCAGCAGCAGCAGCAAGAGGAGCAGUCAGCAGAAACUGGGGAGAAUGGAAUCACAGAUGAUAAAAUUGAGAAGAAAAAGAAUAAGAGGGAACGAAAAGAAGAGAGACAAAAGAAUAAAAAGAAGGAGAAAAAAGACCUGAAACUGGAAGACCAGUCAGAAGUAAAAAAGGGUAAAAAGUCAAAAAAAGAAAAGGAGAGCUUGGAGAAUGAAUUUGAAGUAAAUGGCAAUGGCUACCAGAGUGAAAGAGAAGAGGAAGCAAAAGUGAAGAAACGCAAACAGAAACAUGCAGAAGAAGAACCUCAUAUCACAACGAAGAGAAGGAAAACUGAGAACAUUUCAGAAGACAUGGAAACAGAAAAUACCAGUGGCAAUGAAGAAAAUGUGGGAGCAGGUAAAUUCAACUGGAAGGGAACCAUCAAAGCAGUUCUGAAACAGGCUCCAGACAAUGAUUCAAUUAAAAAAUUAAGAAAAAAGGUUAUAGCCCAGUAUUAUGCAGUAGCUGGUGAAAAUCACAGAUCAGAAGAGGAUAUUAGAGUCAUAUUUAACAAGAAAGUGAAUAACAACCCCAAAUUUAAAGUUUUGAAGGACAAAGUUAAACUCCUGAAGUAAGAGUUUCUAUGCUUUUCAUAACCUGUGCAUUUUAACCUUGCAGACUGAGUCAAAUGCUUCAUCAGCUGCAUAAAUAUACAUUGCUCUCCAUUUAAAUUGAGUAUGGGAGAGCAGAAUUUAACUUUUAAGAGUAGAUUCCUCCUCCUUUUCUAGAUUUAUCAGAGGAAAAAUUUCAGAUAUUUUAUUUUUUUUGUUUUAUGGAAAAUUUAUAUUUUUUUGUACAAGCCUCCUGUAAUAAAAUUCUUGACUAAAGUUAUGGGAUAAUUUUAUUGUAUAUAUUGUUUAUAUAUAAUUAUAUAUCCUGCUAUAUAUAAUUAUAUAUAAUUUAAAGGCAUGAAUGUUUAUCAGGACCUGGGUUGUGUGGCUUUUUGCAGAAGCUAUUUUAAGAGCAAAAUAGGAUUUUAGUAUUAAAAAACAACCAUGGAAUAAGUCUUUUAUGCUAAAAUUCAGAGUGGUGUGAGUGAUACACCCUUUAUGCAAUAUCCUUAGUGUGUGCAUGCUUGAAUAACCUGUUAAUUUUGUGUUGUGAAAUGCAUAAUUAUCUGUCAGAUUUAUCUAUGUAGUAAUGCACAUGCAGUGAAAAUUCAUGAAGAUUACUGAGUUACUGAUUUUUAUUGAAUGUUUUCAUCAGUAAUGCAACUGGCUUCUCUAUCAGUGCUCACACGGGCUAAAAAUAGAUUAAAUAAAUUUCUUUAAAACACCACCUUAAAAUUCUGUCCACUUGGAUUGUGUAAUAAAAUCCACACAAAUUAUAUAAAAAUGGAGAGGCUGCUGCAUUGCAGUCACCAAAACAGUUCAGGCAGGGCAGAAAUCUUGCAUGUAAGAGACAGAGUUGCCAGGGGAAAGUUGCUUGAAGUUUAUAGGGUUUUAAUAAAAUGCAAACACUUUGAGACAGGAAGCUUCCUACCAUGAAGUAAUUUGUUAAAAACAAUACUAGAAAGCCAGUGAAAUUUUCUUGUAGUAGAUAGAACAGUAUUUUGGAAAACUGCAUCAUGAUUUGGAGUAAACACACUUUUCUAGAACUGAAUAAUUAAAAAACCUGAAUUCAUAGAAAUAUUGAAUGUAUUAAAAGUAUAAAUGUGAAACAAUUUGCUGUCUGAUACACCAAGUCAAGUCUUUCUGAGUACAUACUUGUUUAUUAUAAAAGUUGUUAUAAAAAUACUUAAUAAAUUUAA